AUGGCUGUAUUUAUUUACCUUCUGAUAUACACUGCCAUCCUAUCUAGUUUUGUGUCGUCGCUUAAUCUCCGUAGCCUUAAGACCCUUGAUGCCGAUACUCUAAGAACAUACAAAUGCAGCAAAGAUAUUCAACCAAGCCAUUUGAUAGCAGAUUAUAGCAUGCUUGCAAAAAUUGGAUCCGGAACCUUUGGAGAUGUUUUUUUGGUAAACUACACAAGCUGCAAUUGCAUCUUUGCCUUGAAGUGCUACAAAAAAAGAUCUGACGACUACUCUCGAGAAAUUUAUUUUGGCCGGAUUUUAAGCGACGUGUUUAUCCAGGCCUUGCAAAGUGUUGAAAUUUCUGGAAAAUAUCCGGAAUAUCGGCAUGCAAUCGUUUUUGAAUGGAUUCCAUACACGAUUACAGAUUUCCUGAAUCUUCCAAGCGUCCAAGAUGUGAUACCUGACCUGAUGCCAUCGAUAAUUCUUUCCCUUUGCCAAGGAUUAGUUGAAAUCCAUGAAAUGGGUAUAUGCCACUUGGACAUAAAGCCGGGGAAUAUUUUAAUUGACGCCGAUUUUACGCCAAGUGGGGAGCUCUGUUAUUGUAAACCGAUAUUUAUCGACUUGGGGAUGAUGUCUUACCUAUCGCCUCCUGAAGAGCUCAACUCGUAUGCGAUCCCAUCAAGAUCGCUGACGCGAUUGGGGACCAAAGUAUAUAGGCCCAUUGAGCUUUAUUUACCGCUUACAAAGGAUAGGCUUACCACCACCUUGGAUAUAUGGUCGUUUGGGCUGACUUUUUUUGCAUUAUGCUCUAAUUCACGAUCGAUUUUUCACCCUUUGGUAAAAUCGAAUCAGACCGAUUUAAUCCCACUAUUUAUGUUCCGAAUGUUUUCCCCAUCUUCGCUCCCUCAAAAUGUUUGCGAUCCUUUUGGGUUUAAAGGAAGGAUUCCAUCCGACCAUUCAUGGCCAUCCAUUGCGUCUGAAAAAUGGCACAAAGAACUCGUGCAAAAUUACACCCAGUUGUUUUUGGCUGAUAACCCUUCAUAUAAUGUUACAUUCGGCCUUUCAAUUAUUAAGGACAUUCGUUCCCUCGCAUUAUCUGUACAAAACCGCUUUGGCAAGGAAGUCUUUUUAAUACUAAAGGGAUUCCUAAGAAUACAUCCUGCAUCUAGAAUGACCGCGAAGGAAGCAGUAUUUAGAUUAAAGCAAUUAGAAAAUGGUCGACUUUUUGAUCAAAACGCCAUCAGUGACGCUGAAAUGAAUGAAUCUUCGAGUUAA